GCCCAAAAAGAAUUCCCCACUUUCUUCGGAAACAAGAAAAAGAGUCGGAUGUUAUAAAUACUCGAUCCAGCGCUCAGAUCUCCUACAUUGUUCAUUGAUUUCUCUUCUCUCGCCAGUCUCAUCCUCAUUGAAUCUCGAAAAUGAGUAACCAAGCUGAAUCCUCUGACUCUAAGGGAACCAAGAGGGAUUUCAGUACUGCAAUCCUGGAGCGUAAGAAAUCUCCGAAUCGGCUUAUCGUCGAUGAAGCAGUCAAUGAUGACAAUUCGGUGGUCUCUUUGAAUCCCGAGACAAUGGAAAAGUUACAGCUUUUCCGUGGAGAUACAAUUCUCCUUAAGGGUAAGAAAAGACGGGAUACAAUCUGCAUUGCCCUUGCUGAUGACACAUGUGAGGAACCAAAGAUCAGGAUGAAUAAAGUUGUUAGGUCAAACCUGAGAGUCAGGCUCGGUGAUGUUGUUUCUGUGCACCAAUGCCCUGAUGUCAAAUAUGGGAAGCGUGUGCACAUACUGCCUGUGGAUGAUACCAUCGAAGGCGUCACUGGAAAUCUGUUUGAUGCAUAUCUGAAGCCUUAUUUCUUGGAAGCAUAUCGUCCGGUCAGGAAAGGGGAUCUCUUCCUUGUUAGAGGUGGAAUGAGGAGUGUUGAAUUUAAGGUUAUUGAGACUGACCCAGCAGAGUAUUGUGUGGUUGCUCCAGACACAGAGAUCUUUUGUGAGGGAGAGCCAGUAAGGAGGGAGGAUGAAGAUAGGUUGGAUGAAGUAGGUUAUGAUGAUGUUGGUGGAGUCAGAAAGCAGAUGGCUCAAAUACGAGAGCUAGUGGAACUUCCACUAAGACACCCACAGCUUUUCAAAUCUAUUGGUGUGAAGCCACCAAAAGGAAUUUUGUUGUAUGGCCCUCCAGGUUCUGGGAAGACAUUGAUAGCUAGGGCUGUUGCUAAUGAGACUGGUGCUUUCUUCUUCUGUAUUAAUGGUCCAGAAAUUAUGUCAAAAUUAGCUGGAGAGAGUGAAAGUAAUCUCAGGAAGGCAUUUGAAGAAGCUGAAAAGAAUGCACCCUCUAUUAUCUUUAUUGAUGAAAUUGAUUCCAUAGCUCCAAAACGAGAGAAAACAAAUGGAGAAGUGGAACGGCGGAUUGUUUCUCAGCUCUUGACACUUAUGGAUGGAUUGAAGUCCCGUGCUCAUGUUAUUGUUAUUGGGGCUACAAAUCGGCCUAACAGCAUUGACCCAGCUUUGAGAAGGUUUGGAAGGUUCGAUAGGGAAAUUGAUAUUGGGGUUCCAGAUGAAGUUGGACGAUUAGAGGUUCUUCGUAUUCACACAAAGAACAUGAAACUCUCUGAAGAUGUUGAUUUGGAAAGGAUUGCCAAGGAUACACACGGAUAUGUUGGUGCUGACCUUGCAGCUCUGUGCACUGAAGCUGCUCUUCAGUGCAUCAGAGAAAAGAUGGAUGUGAUCGAUUUGGAAGAUGAAUCAAUAGAUGCUGAGAUUCUCAACUCAAUGGCUGUUACAGAUGAGCACUUCAAGACUGCUCUUGGAUCAAGCAAUCCCUCAGCUCUUCGUGAAACAGUUGUUGAAGUACCUAAUGUCAGCUGGGACGACAUUGGUGGCCUUGAAAAUGUCAAGAGGGAGCUCCAAGAGACCGUUCAAUAUCCUGUGGAGCAUCCUGAGAAGUUUGAGAAGUUUGGUAUGUCUCCUUCCAAAGGAGUCCUUUUCUAUGGUCCCCCUGGUUGUGGGAAAACACUUCUUGCCAAAGCAAUUGCAAAUGAAUGCCAAGCAAACUUCAUCAGUGUCAAGGGUCCUGAGUUGCUCACAAUGUGGUUUGGGGAGAGUGAGGCCAAUGUACGAGAGAUCUUUGACAAGGCUCGUCAAUCUGCACCCUGUGUCCUCUUUUUUGAUGAGCUCGAUUCAAUUGCUACACAGAGGGGAAGCAGUGUUGGGGAUGCAGGAGGUGCUGCUGAUAGGGUUCUGAACCAACUUCUGACCGAAAUGGAUGGCAUGUCAGCAAAGAAAACAGUCUUCAUAAUUGGUGCCACCAACAGGCCUGAUAUUAUUGAUCCUGCACUCCUCAGGCCAGGUCGUCUUGACMAGUUGAUCUACAUCCCUCUGCCUGAUGAGACCUCUCGCCACCAGAUUUUCAAGGCCUGUCUGAGAAAAUCACCUGUUUCAAAAGAUGUGGACUUGAAGGMUCUUGCGAAGUACACACAAGGUUUUAGUGGAGCUGAUAUUACAGAGAUAUGCCAGCGGGCAUGCAAGUAUGCCAUUAGAGAGAACAUUGAGAAAGAUAUAGAAAGGGAGAGGAGGAGAAGGGAGAACCCUGAGGCAAUGGAAGAGGACGUGGAGGAUGAAGUGGCAGAGAUCAAGGCAGCUCACUUUGAGGAGUCAAUGAAAUAUGCACGCAGGAGUGUAAGUGAUGCUGAUAUCCGCAAGUAUCAGGCAUUUGCUCAGACAUUGCAGCAAUCAAGGGGUUUUGGCAGUGAGUUCCGUUUUUCGGAAGCUGGAACUGGUGGUGCUACUGGGUCUGACCCAUUUGCAGCUUCUGCUGGUGGUGGGGCUGAUGACGACGAUCUUUACAGUUAGAUACUCACACUCUGUUUCAUUUACAAGUUCAAUUACUCAAACGUUAUGUAUACCUGUUGUUUCCCUGGAAUCUGAAGGAUGGUUGAUGGGAGGUGGUAAAGCUUUUAUUGGAUGGUUAGGUUAGAUUGGGCAUUGGGUGAUGAUGUAGGCUCCAGUUUAAUACUUUUUAUUUUGUUAUUUUUAUUUAAGAGGAACAACCAUGUAGGCUCCAGUUUAAUACUUUUUAUUUUGUUAUUUUUAUAUUUUUAUUUAAGAGGAACAACCAUGUAGACGAGGGAAUUCAGAUUUCAGAACGGCCAUUUCAUUAAGGGGUCCAUCUUCUAUCCCGAAUUCAAUCAACAUUCUCGCCUCAGAAAAAAAAUUAUUUGGUAUAUAUUUCUUUUAAUUUUCUGGUAAAAUUAGCUGUUAUCUUUUUCCUUCCCUUUCGAGUGACAACGGUGGUGUUUCAGAGUUGUAAUGGUUGUUUUCUUCUUCCUCCCUUUUAUCAUCAUCAAUUAUUCUGUUCAUUUUUCUUUUCUUUACUGUUGUAAACACCCCCUAACAGUGGUACGUACAUUUGAAGUU